AUGUCUGAUCAAUUGAAAAACUUUGGAUUUUAUAACCCUGUUUUAUCAACAGAUAUUGUUAAAGUUGCCCCUGCUGUUCCUACUUAUCAAGCUCCAGAAUACGAGAAAAAUUUAAUAAAAUCUGCAAAAAUUCCAAAGUCAAAACAGAAAAAACAAGGAGAUAACUCUCAACCAGCUCCAAGAAAAGUUGAAACACAAGAAGAAAUUGAUGCAUGGAUUGCAGAAAGACGAAAAAAGUUUCCAACAAGAGUUCGAGUUGAUGAAAAGGAACAAACAGAGCUUGAAAGAAGAGAAAGAGGUGCAUUAGAUCUUUCCAAACCAAGACCUACAGAAAAGAAUGAAUCAAAGAAACCAAUUGAAAUGUCUACGAUUAAUCCAGUUCCAAUUCCAUCAUUAUUGGAAGUUUUAACUGAGGAUGAAAGAAGGAAAGAUUAUUCUCGAAUAUUACAAUGCUUUAGAUAUUUUGUUAAGCAUGACUUUCUUCAAACUCCAUACAAAGAGUCGAAUCCUUCUAACACAGAAUAG